AAGCACGCUUUGAUUGCUUGUUACGCGAAUAAAGUCGAAUAUGGGUCAAAAGUGUCAUUUGGUUUAGAGAAACUCUUCCGAAGACGUUUUGCGCAGGAUGUGUGAUUUUUUAUAAAAUUAUGGUUGUUACUGCCGGCGACAGAAAUGUAUUAGGGAAGCCGUUUAAAGCGAGAGAUUAGAAGAAAAUUUAGACCUUGAUCUUAUUAUGACCGCAAUGGGUGGUCGUUGUUUCCGACUCAUCGUCGCCUGUUUUCUGUCGUUGUUAUCAUCAGUGCGAACGGCAAAUCCAUCUGCCGAACAAGUAUUGAUUACGACUCUUUUAAAAAAUUACGAUCGAAAUGCUCGGCCAGUGCUCGACAGACGAAGACCCACAAACGUCACGUUCGGACUUGAGGUUGUUCAGUUAGUGAACGUGGAUGAUCGUAAUCAGAUGUUAACAACGAAUGUGUGGGUUAGACAAAGAUGGAGAAAUGAGCUGCUGACCUGGAAAUCAGCAAACUACAGUGGAGUAAAAACAAUACGAAUAGAUCCAAGAAUGGUGUGGAUACCAGACAUUGUGCUCUACAACAGUGCGGACAGUCUUUUCAGCGGUGGCCUUGAAAAAUACAAGACACGUGUUAUUCUGGUGCAGGAUGGUCGCCACGCCUGGUACAGUCCAGCUUCUUUCCGAAGCACGUGUACCAUCGACGUGACAUAUUUCCCGUUCGACGAGCAAACAUGCACCAUGAAGUUUGGCUCUUGGACAUUUGUGGUUACAGAUCUAGACAUAGAGGCGGAAGACACACCCACUUUCUCGGACAAGUACGUAAAGAGCGCUGAAUGGGACCUGAUCAGAGCUUCUAAGAAGCGAAACGUUCAAUUUUACGAGUGUUGUAGCAUUCCUCUUGCUGAUGUAACCAUCGAGAUGGUCAUUCGACGUAAGCCUCUCUUCUAUGUUUUCAAUCUAAUCACACCGUGUAUGAUAAUGCUGACCAUGAUCCUCCUGGGGUUCUUCCUUCCACCUGAAUCAGGAGAAAGAAUCACGCUAAGCAUCACGGUCCUAUUGGCCAUGGCUGUAUUCUUGCAGCUUGUGGCGGAAACUCUACCGCGAAACUCAGAAACUAUCCCAUUACUCGGCAAAUUCUAUAUAACCAUAAUGGCGGAGAUAUCCAUGUCUCUGAUGUGCACUUGUUGGGUGCUGAACAUUCAUCACAGAAAUUCCGGUCGUUCUAUCGUCAAAACACCUCAGUGGGUUGAAGUUUUUGUCCUUGGCUGGUUGGCUAAAAUUCUGUGUGUGAGGAAACCAGGCGUGGAAGUUGAGAAAAUUUCCAUAAACAACAAACAUGAAAACCGUAACGACGACGACGUAAUUCAAGUGAGAGUUUCACCGCAAGACCUCAAGGGAAAAAUGUCCUUGAACGGUGAAGCGCAUACGUUGUUAUCGAUGAGUCACGUGACCCCUGUUUGUCGAUCGAUUGGGCAGAUACAGAAAAGAUUCUCGCAGCAUAAUGGUGAUGCGAAAAAUUCUGAGGAGAAAGAGAAUGUUUCAGGCGAUAAUUUGUCUCGAAACUUAGCAGUGUUGACUGAUCACGUAAAAUUUAGUCGAGAUAUCGAAGACAAUCAAAAGAAAUGGAAACAUGUUGCUAUGGUGAUGGACAGAUUCUUUUUUUGGUUUUUUAUUCUCACUGUUUUGACAUCAACGCUGGUGAUAUUUAAGGAGAGAAUACGUCAAGGACGGGACAGCUCUUAGAGACUUGUUGACCAUUUUUAAAGAAACUAGCAUGUAGAAAAACACAUUGUCAGAGGAGAACUGAAGCCCAAAUUCAUGUAGUUUUUUUCAAGGUAGAUCGUACAUUUAAGUAUGAUGGAGUAAAUUUCCGUAAUGUUUCCUUCCUCGAACGACAGUUUUUAUCCAGGAAGCGAAGGGUUUUUUGGUAACAAUUGGCUCGAUAUUUGACCGUGGUACUCAGAACACGUAUGUCAGCGAUUUCCCCAUCAGGUCUAAACCUUUUUUUUUAUCAAGGGUCAUUAAAAUAAUUCCUCUAUACCCGUUCCUUGCUGAUAAAUCCCUCUCACGAGAAGCCAAUUGCCAGUUAAUACCGGAAUACCGGAGGGGCCUGUACUCUGUUCUUCUACAACUUCCCAGGCCUUGCGCGGUUGUCAAAACACGGGGCUUAGAAUGAUGGAUAUGACUUUAACUAUCUGUUCACCUUUACUUUAAAUACAUCUCUAUUAGCAUGAAACAUUGGUAAGUUAAUACCUUGAGUGCGGGAGAUUUUAUCCAGCGUAUCUCGGUUAUUGUGGGCGUAGAAACUCGCACCAGCUGCAGUCUUGUAACAAAGCAACUCUUCCUUUCAGCCAAUUUUAUAGAUAAUAAAGCUUUUUUAA